AUGAGCGACCGCUCCUCUCUGCUUGCCGCCCAGACAGGCAGCGCGCGGCGCAGCAAAGCACAUACAUACAAGGCGCUUGGCAUCGCACAGCCAGCACUCGAGGACGACGCCGAGCACGCAUUCGAGCUUGAAGAGCAAGGCACCGCUGUAAUAACUCCGCAGAUGCGCACUGGCAGCACUCCGCCGGUCAUCACCGCGGGAUUUGACCCGUUAACACGCACGGAGAUCGCAUGGACAAGCAUGGCGAUAAUGCUCGUGCUGCUCUGGGCAGGAAUCGGUGUUUUUCUCGCAGUAUCCCAUAGCACUGCAUAA